AUGUCAUUAAAACCUAAACGUGGCAGAAAACCAGGCCCUAUUUGGGAUCAUUUUGAACAGGAUGACUUAGAUAAUUCAAAGCAUUUUCAAGCAAUAUGUAGUUAUUGCCGUGAUCCAAUAUUGGGAGUUCCUGAAAGAAUGCUUAACGACUUAAAAGAAUCUUAUAAUGUAUAUAAAGAAGUAGAAAUUGAAAUUCAAAAUCAAAUUUGGAAAAUUUCUGAUUUUUCAAACCAACACCAUACGGGUAAUAUAAUGUUUGAUGCCUAUAAAGAAGUAGGAAUGUCAUUAGAUAAUAAGUUAAUUGGGUUUGUGUCAGAUAGUG